UACUCGGCUAUUUACUCGAUCGAUUAUAUUUCGCGUACUAUAUACACCUAAAUUAUUUACUCAGGUGAAAAUAACAUUAUUUACUUACGCAGUAACUGAACUACUUAUUUAAUUUAUAAUAACUUAAAUAAAAAUUAUUUCAUUACAAUUUACGCGCCAAAGCAGCCAUGUUGUUUUUAUUUUUUGUCAUUCUAAUUUCAAAUUCGUCUGCUGAACUUUUUUUAUUUAGGAAUUUUGUCGAAGAUGAUAAUAAUGUUACGACUGACACGCAAUAUAAACUUCGUGAUUUGUAUAAAUAUAAUAAUAAGGGUGAUCCCUUAUGGGUUUUAUCUUUGAGCGGCGAUGAUUGGAUGAACCCAACUUUAAGACUCGGCAGCAGCAAAGAAUUAGAAGAUUUUUUUCAAUAUAUCGGACCUUUGAUGAGAAUAACUCGAGGGCGGUCUUCGCCAAGAGUGAAGAAAAACGACCCAAAUGGAAAGAAUUCCAAUGAAGACUCACUGCAAGCACCAUCGCAGAAAGAUUUUAUGGCAAUGAUCAAUAAGUUCGCAUUGACAUCCAGUGUUGAUCCAGAUGCGUAUAUUACUGAUAACAAUCAGGAAUAUGACAGUCCGACAAUCUCAAUACAUUUUAAAGGGCAGAACUCAGUACUAUUAGUAUCUUUGGGAAGCAAACAAUGGCACUACAUAAUCAACAGUCGUUCACUGCCAGAAUGGUUUUAUGAGGCCCACGACACUUUUGAAAAUCCUCUCCCUCUUCCAGACGAUGUCAAAACACAGUUUUUUAAUUCCUUAUGGAAUUUGCUGCAUGUGAUAUUUGGUUUACCUGUUUAAUUUCUUUAAGUGAUUAGAUUAAAUUAAGUAAGCAUU